GGUAUUCCGGGUGAAUUCCGGUGAAAGCCUAUGUAAGCCUAUUACCUGUGCGGUACAUACGAUGGGACAGAUUUGGAAGGCUUUAAAUUGUGCAAACAAAUAUUAUUUAAGAGAAAGUUCCUUUUUGGGUUGUUUAAAGCUUUUGUCGAGAUUUAAAAUAUUAAAGUUUUUUUUUUUUAAUUUUCUAGCAUACAUGAGUAACACCUACAUAUGUAUGUACAUGCAAUAUGGCCAAAUCUUUUGAUAAAAGCCAGUGGAUCAACGGUUAUCUCAUAGGAUGUGUGUAUCUUAUUACCUUAUGUUAGAACCGCUACUUCUUAUUUCUGAAUUUAUUUCAAAAACAUCUUUUUAUAAGGUACAAAUUCCUAAAAAUGUUUUUGGAAGGUUUUUACAGUUUUAUAAUUAGCUUUAAUUAAUCACUAUUGAACUUUUUAUUAAUUAAUCAACAUAAAUAUUAAAUGAACAAUUUAUUUAAAACGGAAUAUUAGUAUUUUUUCGAAAUAAUAAUGUCUGUGCUGUUUUGAUCUUGCUUGGUCACACUAGACAAAGUGGAUUAAUGCCACUUGCUUAAUUUUUUGUUUGUUCCUUCAAUAUGUCCACGAGAUCCUCAUUCGGCGAUGGGGAGCAGACAAAAGUGCCCCGUAUCAUGACCUUCCGUCCCAGCUACGAGGAGUUCAAGGACUUUUCUGCCUACAUUGAGUAUAUAGAGUCUCGUGGAGCCCACUUAGCCGGCUUGGCCAAAAUACAGCCGCCACCGGAAUGGGUUCCCCGAAAGACGGGUUACGACAUAGAGAACAUCAACAUGACCAUUCCUGCGCCGAUAUGUCAAGUGGUUACCGGGGCCCACGGGCUGUACCAGCAGAUCAACAUCCAGCAACGACGCCAAAUGACCCUGCGCCAGUUUAUGGAAAAAGCCAACUCCGAGCUUCAUCAGACGCCGCGCCAUUUUGACUAUGAGGAUUUGGAGCGCAAGUACUGGAAAAACAUAACCUACAUAUCGCCACUUUACGCGGCCGAUGUCAAAGGCUCGUUGAGUGACGAGGAACUGGACGUAUGGAACAUCGGUCGAUUGGACACUAUCCUAAACCUAGUCAAUACGGACUACAACAUUAUCAUCGAUGGUGUAAAUACGGCCUACCUCUAUUUCGGAAUGUGGAAAAGUUCCUUUGCCUGGCACACUGAGGAUAUGGAUCUUUAUUCCAUCAACUAUCUGCAUUUCGGAGCACCUAAAACCUGGUAUGCCAUUCCUCCGGCCUAUGGCAGACGCCUAGAGAAGCUUGCAAAUGACACUUUCACGGAAAACCAUCAGGAAUGCAAUGCCUAUCUGCGCCACAAGAUGACUAUGAUCAGCCCGAAGGUUUUACGGCAGCACAACAUACCCUACAACAAGAUAAUACAGGAAGCGGGCGAGAUCAUGAUUACAUUUCCAUUCGGUUACCAUGCUGGGUUCAAUCAUGGCUUCAACGGCGCCGAGUCCACCAACUUCGCGUCAAAGCGUUGGAUCGAGUACGGCAAGCGGGCAAGUAUUUGCAAGUGCCGAAGCGACAUGGUCAAGAUCUCUAUGGAGACCUUCGUGCGGCGUUUCCAGCCAGAACGCUACGAGAAUUGGCUGAGGGGUCAGGACUUUGGAUGUCACCCUGAGGAGCCGGGAAAAAUUUGCGCUGCAGCACCACCAACUUUAAAUGAAUAUGAAAAACAGGAGAGUUUGCGUACUGCCAAACCCAAAGAAGACUCGCCACAAAAACGCGGCUGCUCGCUGGCUGCGAAUGGUUCAGAAUCGAACGCGGAGCCUACUGAAGAUACCGAUGACAGGGCCAGUGUCAGCAGCAACAGCAGCUCUCGCCAGCUUCAGCCGGUAGUCAAGCUGCGCAAACUCCCACCCAAUGCUUCCGUACCUGAACCAGCUUCCGCACCAAAAAGAUACGACUUCAAUUCCGUAGCUGUGGUGCGUGUGAAGCGUUUAUGGAAUAACCUUCCGUGCCCAGAGCCCGGAGUCAAUCUGCUCACCAACGGAGUGGUCAAGAACACAAAGCGAAUGCGUUUCCAGACAAAAGUACUCACACUUGACGACGAGGAUUGAGGAUUCCACCAAUACCACUGCUUCAAGGCAGUCUUUCGAUCUCCCUGUUAGAUUUUCGUGCGCCUGCAAUCAAAGAUCUAGUAGCUAUAGUCUUUUUGUAUUUUUUUUUUAGUUUUAAAGGAAACAUGACGCCAUCACAAAGAAGAUAAGUGUAUAGAAUUUAAGAGACAAGCAAGUUCAUGUCCAUUUGAAUCACAAUUUUAAAAAUCUUUAAGCUGUAAGAGGUACAGACGUCUCUUCACAUUUUUAACAAGUGUCCGUUCCCACCGAAGGAGGUAUUGCAUACCAAUUGAAAUGGAACAAACACCGAAAUCCCCUAGUUAAGUAACGCCCAAAAAGAAUUGAUGUGUAUAAUCAAAACGAGAAUGAUGUAUUA